AUGAAUUCUUUUGUAAAGAAAGCUGCCUUCAAUAAGAUCAGGGACAACAUGUUCGUUAUCGCAAUAUGGAUUUGUAUAGCUGGUAUAUGCAGUGCUGCUCAGGCUUCUGCAACAUGUGCUAUGUAUGGGAAUUGCGGUAAAAAAUCAGUAUUCGGUGCGGAACUGCCUUGUCCAGUUUCUGAUACACAUUUUAAGCCAGAACCAGCGACAUCAGACCUUAUUGAUCUAUUGGUUGAUCUAUGUGGAGAUGAGUGGAAAGAUGAAACGCAACUCUGCUGCACAAAAGAUCAAGUAUUGAAUCUACAAAAGAAUUUAAAGAAAGCUCAUAAUAUUAUUGCUUCUUGCCCUGCGUGUAAGAAGAACUUCAAUAAUCUUUUUUGCCAUUUCACAUGCGCUCCUGAUCAAGCAACUUUCGUUAACGUAACCAAGACUCAGCAAUCUCUGUCGAAGAAAGAUACUGUAGCAGAGGUUGAUGUGUACAUGAACUCUUCAUGGGCCUCUGUAUUCUAUGAUUCCUGUAAGGAUGUCAAAUUCUCUGCUACCAAUGGUUACGCCAUGGAUUUGAUUGGUGGUGGGGCCAAAAAUUAUUCAGAGUUUCUGAAAUUUUUGGGUGAUGAGAAACCUCUUCUUGGAGGCUCACCAUUCCAGAUUAAUUAUCUUUACGAGUUAGAUGGUGAAUUCACUCUUUUCAACGACUCAGUUUAUGCUUGUAAUGAUUCCAAGUAUAAAUGUGCUUGCACUGAUUGUGAACUCUCCUGUCCAAAGUUAGAGCCAUUGAAAGAAGGAUCGUGUAAAGUCGGUAAGCUUCCUUGCUUUUCCUUUACUAUGCUGAUGUUCUACGCUCUCCUACUAAUAGUGAUUGCUCUUUGGCACGUUUAUUAUUUCAAAAUGAAGCAAAAAAAAUCACUAAUCACUAGUGCAGAAGAUGAGCUAAUCUUUAAUUCAAGCAUGACCUCAGAAGAUCAAUUGUUUGAAGUCUAUGAUACAAAAAGCUAUUGGUUGAAUGAAAGGGUCUCAAAAAUUAUUGGUACUGUGUCAAGAUUGGCGAUAUAUAGACCUUAUUCUGUUUUGAUGACAACAGUACUUAUCGUGUUGGCUUCCAGUGUCCUUCUUUACAAAUUUGGCGACUUGGAAAAAGCUCCAGUUAAUUUAUGGGUUAGCUCUAACUCCGAGAAGUUUAAAGAAAAAGAAUACUACGAAAAACAUUUUGGCCCCUUUUACAGAAUAGAGCAGGUCUUUGUGAUAAAUGAUACUGGUCCGGCAUUGUCCUACGAGGCUAUUGAAUGGUGGAAUAAGGUAGAACAUGAUAUUUCUGACGUUUUGGAAUCCGUUGAGAAAGUGACAUACCAAGAUAUAUGUUUUAGGCCCACUCAAGAGUCUACUUGUGUGAUUGAAUCCUUUAUCCAGUAUUUCCCAAGUGGCCUGCCAGAUGAAUUCUCUUGGCGUGAGCAGUUGACAGCAUGUGCCAAUACUCCUGUUAAUUGCUUGCCUACUUUUCAGCAGCCUCUAAAGAAAAAUGUUCUAUUCAGCGAUGAUGAUGUAUUGAAUUCCCAAGCGUUUGUCUCAACGUUCCUGGUAAGCAAUCACAGCGAAUCUGCAAUUCUAUGGGAGCGAAAAUUGGAAGAGUAUCUCCUUGAUAUUGAAGUACCAGAAGGAUUGAGAAUAAGUUUCAAUACAGAAAUGUCUUUGGAAAAAGAACUGAACAGAAAUGGUGAUGUUUUUAUUGUUUCUGCAUCUUAUUUGGUUAUGUUUCUCUAUUCCUCUUGGGCCUUGAAAAGAAGAAGUGGUGAGGGCAGGUGGUUGCUGGGAUUUUCAGGCAUAGUAAUUGUGGCAUCAUCUGUUUUAUGCUCUGCUGGCCUGCUGUCUGCACUUGGAGUGAAAUCAACCCUGAUUAUAGCAGAAGUCAUUCCGUUUUUGAUUUUGGCUAUCGGUGUUGAUAACAUAUUUCUGAUUACCCAUGAAUAUGAUAGAAUAUCAGAGCUUGACUGCUCAUUGGACAUCAACGAGAAGAUUGUUGCAGCUGUGCAGCGCAUCUCACCCUCAGUUGUUCUUUCAUUUAUCUGCCAAUGUGGUUGCUUCUUGAUUGCUGCCUUUGUUUCGAUGCCUGCAGUGCAUAAUUUUGCCCUGUAUUCCGCUGUUGCUGUUUUCUUCAAUGUUAUGCUUCAGCUCACUGCGUAUGUUGCUUUUCUAUCGCUAUAUGAAAAUAAAUAUGCUUCUGUCAGCCUCGAGAAAGAUUACGAAGAUCAUUUGUUUGGGAAAAGAUAUUUUAACCUGAUCUCCAAAAAGAGAAAAAUAUUAGGCUUAUUUAUUUCAUGGACUUUGAUUUCCUUGAUAUUUUUGCCCGAAAUCAAAUUAGGUCUUGACCAAACUUUAGCUGUCCCUAAAGAUUCGUAUUUGGUGGACUAUUUCAAUGAUGUGUACAGCUAUCUGAAUGUUGGGCCACCUGUCUUUUUUGUCGUCAAAGACCUGGAUUUAUCGAAAAGAGAAAACCAGCAGAAGAUUUGCGGUAAAUUUACGAGUUGCGAUGAUUUCUCUUUGGCGAACAUUUUGGAGAACGAAAGGGAGCGUUCAACCAUUGUAGACCCUGUGGCAAAUUGGUUCGAUGAUUUUAUGAUGUUUUUAAGUCCACAAUUGGAUCAGUGUUGCCGGUUCAAAAAAGGAACUACCGAUAUUUGCCCUCCAUACUUUCCAGCAAGACGCUGCGAGACCUGCUUUCAAGAAGGAGAAUGGGAGUACGAUAUGACAGGAUUCCCUGAAGGACAUGAACUAUUCGAAUAUCUGAAAAUCUGGAUUGAUACGCCCAGUGAUCCAUGUCCUCUGGGGGGCAAAGCCCCUUAUUCAAACGCAGUUGCGUUCAAUAGCACAUUCGUGAAGGCAUCAACAUUUAGAAGCGCUCACAGACCACUCACUUCUCAGGAUGACUAUAUUCAGGCUUAUGAGGAUGCCAAUAGAAUUAGUGAAUCGUUGAAUAAUUUGGAUGUUUUUGCGUAUUCUCCAUUUUAUAUUUUUUUCGUUCAGUAUUCGACAUUGGUUUCUUUAACUUUGAAAUUGAUAUUAGUGGCAUUAUUAUUAAUUUUCAUUGCGUGUACUAUCUUCAUUGGCUCUGCCCAAACAGCAUCUUUGUUGAUACUAACAGUUUUAAUGAUCAUGAUUGAUAUUGGUGGCUUUAUGGCAUUAUUUGGUAUAUCUCUGAAUGCUGUAAGUCUAGUUAACCUUGUCAUCUGUGUCGGUCUGGCAAUUGAAUUUUGUAUCCAUAUUGCCAGGGCAUUUACGAUGGUGCCAAGUGGAACCAAAAAUGAUCGGGACUCAAGGACAGCCUAUGCCAUGAAAACUAUUGGCAGUUCCGUUUUCAAAGGAAUAACACUAACAAAGUUCAUUGGUGUUUGUGUUCUUGCAUUUGCCCAGUCAAAGAUUUUCGAUGUGUUCUACUUCCGUAUGUGGUUUUCUCUUGUUGUCAUAGCUUCUUUACAUGCAAUGAUUUUCCUACCUAUUAUUUUAUCGCUAUACGGCGGUAAAAGUUACGUUGAUAAAUCACUUGACUUUUUGGCAAGGGAGGGACAAUCAACUCUUUAA